UUUUCUUGGAAGCCAUCAUGGCUGCUUUCUGUAUGUAUUUUGUUGCUUCUUCAAAUAUACAUAUGGAACAUGGAAGUUGACUGAGUUUUGAGUUUAAAUAAGUAAAUAAAUAAAUGUGAACUUCUUUGUGUACUAAUGAUAGUUUUUAUAACAAAUCUAUCAGAACUACUCUUUUACGUUGCAAAAUGUCUUGCGUAAAGAGUUUAUGGAGGUUAACAAACAAUUUUCUUACGUCCAAUUUUGCGAUGCAAGGAAUUUGCAAGCCUUGUUUCUUAGUAAGAAUGGUUCAGUUUCCUCCGUAUUCUGCCAUUCACACAACGCAGGCACGAACUGACUUAAUGGAGUUUUUUGACGACAAAAAGAAUUGGGGUGUCAACGAAGUAAAAGUUGGCCGCUCGUGGAAAAUGGAAGAACUUCGCAUCAAAAGCAAUACAGAUUUGCACAAACUUUGGUUUGUUUUACUCAAGGAAAGGAACAUGUUAUUUACGAUGGAACACGAGUGCAAGGAACAAACUCGGCUAUUCCCAAACCCGGAAAGAAUCGACAAGGUGAACGAGAGCAUGAAGAACCUGGAGGAGGUGGUGAGGGAGAGGAAUCGAGCGUACUUUGAGCUGGAGACGGGAGAGAGUGGCGAGAGGCCAGCUACCAUGGUCACCAGUGGCCUAGGUCUCAACAGCUUUCAUAAAAUGAGUGAACAUGUUAUUCCGAAGUGGAUGAAUAAGAAAUGGCAUGAAAGACAUCCAUUUAACAGGAAAGGACAUGCUGUGACAAGUUUUCUAAGGCUUUACAGAGAGAAAUUGUUUCUGGACAAGAGAAAGGCUUUCAAUCGAAGACGUAAUCAUGUGAUGCACCUCCUUAAGCGGUUUCCAAAUAUCGAUAGAGAGGCACUAAAGGAGCAGUACCCGGAUGUUAAUGUGAAUGAAGUUAUGAGCAACAGGAAAACUCUUGGACAUCAUGGAAAUAAUACUGCAUAGUGUACAAAAAUUGCACAGAAUGUAUUUUAAUGUUUUUGCUACCUUUUAAAAAUUAUUUUACAGUGUUUACAGCAUUCUUUUAGGAACUGUAGCUUUCUUUGAAUAAUUGUUGUUUCAAUGGAAGCAAAACUUAGAAAAAAUUACAUAAAUAGUGUGACUUUAUUCACUGAGCUUAGUAGACGUGAGCUCUUAUGUGCCCUGUGUGUUUGGAAAUUUUGUUAAGAUAAUCUUGGAGAACAAAAUAACAUUUAACAUUUUCAGUGA